GGCAACAUUGCAAGCAUUUGUCAAUUCGUCGCCAUUUCGUUUCUUUGGUGAGAUUUGUGGUUGUGCGUCUUGGAUAUUUUAAAUUAUAAAAUUCAUAAAUGGAUAUUAAGAAGAUGCAGAAACAGGAACCGCCUAUUUCCGAAAAAGUGAAUAAAGACAAUUCAGCACCGUCAAAUCCUGCUUCCAUUCCAUCUACACCUCAGAAUUCUGUAAAUGGUGGUGCCACUUCUGUUGGGAACAACAGUGGAAGAGGGAAGCGUGGAAGCGGUAGAGGUGGUGUAGGAAGAGGUGGACAAGGAGGAAGAAACAAUCAAGGCAACGGCAAGAAUGGGAAUGGUGCUGGACGAUUUCAGAGGAAUGCCAAUAAUAAUAAUCUUGGCCAAAACCAUACAGAGAAAAAGUGGGAAGACAAUUCCCACGGUAAUGGGCAUCAAAAAUUGUCUGAGGAUCGGCAGUUAUUAGAGAAACUUGCUACAUUAUCCAAUUCAACUGCUGAGCUUCCAAUUAGAUCCUUCACUGAAACCAAAUUUUCAGGUCGCAGCAGGUUAUAUGUCGGAAAUCUAGGCAAUGACAUAGUAGAGCAGGAUUUAAAAGAAUAUUUUUCUGCUUAUGGAGAAAUCGCUGAAGUAUUCCUAAACAAGGAAAAGGGAUUUGCUUUUGUCAGAUUGGACUAUCGUUCGAAUUCCGAAAAGGCUAAGCGCGAAUUGGAUGGCAAAGUUUUGAAAGGCCGCACAUUACGUGUUCGCUCCGCUCCGCAUAGUGCUGCUGUCCGCGUGAAAAACUUGUCUCCCUUCGUCACUAAUGAAUUACUAGAAAAAGCCUUUUCUAUAUUUGGAGAUAUUGAAAGAGCUAUCGUGGUUGCUAAUGAGCGUGGGCAGUCGACGAAUGAAGGUGUAGUCGAGUUCGUUCGUAAGCCAGGUGCCCAAGCAGCAAUUCGUCGCUGCACAGAUGGAUGUUUCUUCCUUACUUCGUCGUUACGACCUGUAGUGGUAGAACCAAUGGAACAGUUAGACGAUGAGGAUGGAUUCUCCGAACGUGCAUUUACUAAAAAGACGCCAGAAUUUUCGAAAGAGAGAGAAGCGGGGCCAAGAUUUGCUGAGCCCAACAGCUUUCAAUUUACUUACGGUCAACGUUGGAAGCAAUUGCUCGAGCUGUACAAGCAAAAGAUGGAUGCUGUUGAGCGCGAACUGAAAAUUGAAGAAGAUAAGCUUGUGUCUCAGAUGGAGUAUGCUCGGUAUGAACAUGAAACAGAACUUCUCCGCGAACAACUCAGGCAGCGCGAACAGGAUCGGGAGAGGCAAAAACGUGACUGGGAAAUGAAGGAGCGUCAACACGAAGAAUCCCGAUUGCGGGAAGAAGAAACUCUUCGCCGACAACAGGACGAAAUGCAGCACCGAUUGCGUCAGCAGGAAGACGAAAUGCGUCGUCGUCAACAAGAGAACACCAUGUUCAUGCAGGAGCAAAAUACAGAAGCGUCUCCCCCAGAUUUCCGUCGACCACUUCAGCCUCCCAUUUUUGAUCGCCCUAUGAUGGGUGGCAACGGACCUCACAAUCUCAUGGAUCUUCAAAUGGAAAAUAAGCCGUUCCACAACUCGUUUGAGCAGCGGCCUUUGGAGCCGCCACCGAUGUUUAACAACAUGCCUAUUGGGGGUCGUAUGGAUGGCCCAAAUAACAACAUGGGAAAUAUGCCACCCCGUGGGCCACCUCACGGAGUCAAUGCUCCGCGAUGGGGCCGCCCCAACGAGCGCGAUCGUGAGGAUUUCCUGGUCAAGCGUCGCCGUUUCUAAGGGCUCUCUUGUGCUUGUCUAUCCUGACUCAUUUUCAGCUAUCAUUGAAAGGCAUUACAAAGAUGCAGUCCCGUGCAAACUUUAAAAAACAAAAACAAAAAAGAACGAAAAACAUUCUCUUUACUUGAAUUAUCAUUUCUUUUCGAAACGACGUUUCAGUUUUGCUUGGAUGACUCAGUUUAAAAAGUAAAAUUUGAAAUUAUUACGAUUUUUGUCUUCGUUUUUGCGAACCUUUCAUUUCUUUUUUUAAAACUUCACUUUUUUUUUGUAAUCUUCAUUUCCAUUCUACAUCUCUCCAUUAACUGUCAUCAUCUAUAUCUGCCAUCCCAACCGAUUCGGACUAAUUUUUUUUUUAAUGACUUAAGUUGGUUUUGUUGGUAUGUGCGCAAUCAAAUUGAUGACCAAGUAAGGUCUGUCUUUUUGGUUGCUCGUCUUAAAAACAAUAAAAUUCUUUUCUUAAACAUCAAAUUUCGUUGCCGCUUCUCUUGUGGGGAAUUCCUUUUCAUUUUUAGAAAACAGCCUAGUUCAGUUACGGCUACAAAGCGUAGGAAUCUUGUGUGUGUUUUAUCAAGAUGAUUUAUACCCGUCACCCUCAGCUGCCAAAGGCAAAUCAUCCUUAGAUGACUUUCGUUGCAAUUUGACGGAAUUUGACAACUCUUAAAGAACAUGCUCGUUUUCCAAAAUCAUUUCCCCAACACACUCUUUCGUUGCCAUGCCCGGUCAUGUUACCGCAGACGGCCUCAAUUCAUACACGAUAAGUGUAUGAAGGGGGAAAUUGAAGUUUAAUCUUGUACUUGGCAAAUUGGCAACGAAAGUCACCUGGGGGGGACUGACGAUGGCUGAUUUUUUUUUUAUAAAUAAUGCUCUGUGACCGUAACUGAAUACUGAAGUAGGCUAUGAUAAUUGCGGGUAAAUAGAAACUAACAGAUCAAUGAAAGAAUGGAGUAGAAAAAUCAAGCAAGUGCAUUUCAAAAUGCUUUAAGGUUUUAAAGUUACAUUUUAUUUUGUUCUGUCACUGGUCUUUAGGUGUAAGAAAUAUUUUACGUGUUGACUUUUGAUUAGCAAAAAUAUAGUAACCUAACCUUGUAUCCUCACGAAAAAUAGAAAAAAAAACUCAAACAUCUCCGAAACUAACAUGUGAUUAUCAUGAUUGGCGAAGGAGAAAUCAGUGAUUAUCAUGGUGCUACCAUGUGUUUUCGGAAAUGUCAUUAGUUUCUUUUCCCUUAUUUUUUAUAAUGAUAAAGGGGAUGUCCGGUUUAGCGGUCUUGAGCGUCUGCUGUGAUCUGAAAAGUAUUGAGUCUCUGGUUCUAUUCCUGGCUGAAUUCAUCAGUCAUAAAAGACCUUUCGUUGCGCACUUGUGAAUUCAGAGCACAUGAGCACAAGAGUCUUGACUGCUUUCGUGAAUAUAACGUUACUACUGCUACUACGGUGUGUACAACAUCUUGAUAAACCGAAAGCGCCAUUGCACACACUUAAGUGGAAAUCGUGCUGCAGCAAUCGAAUAAAUUUCAUUCCCCUUUGCUCCACAAAAAGAAAUAAAAAAAACAUAUAGAAGUUUGAAAAUCACAAAUACCUUUCUCUCGCAAAGAAAAUGACGACGUUUACUCGAUGAGAUGGGUAUGUCAACUUUUUUCAAUCGCCAAACCCUUUGAUUUUUUUGGAUUGAAACAAAAUGCAUGUUGCUGAGAUUUGUCUCCAUUUUCAAUCUCGUCCAGAAGUUUGUCUUACUAGAUAUAUAUUAACCAAUUUACCUGCAAUCAAAUCAAGACUUUUUCUCAUUUGUAUUGAAACGUACCCUACCUUUUAAAAAAGCCGCGACUUGUUUAAUUCAAUGCCGGUCUGAUUCGUACUGUUUUUUUUUUGUUUUUUUGUUUUUUUGCUGGAAAGUGAGAGGAUCUUCAAAAAUGUCUUGAUCAAGUAGGGUGUAGCUUUUUCCAAAGGCUAGCAUUUGAAAGAAAGUAAUCCAAAACAUGUUCAUUGUAAUAAUUUUUGUUUUUAGGAAAUAGGGUUUACUUCAAAAUAUUAUUAGAAUUGUUGGAAAAGGCACACAUCAAAGAUGCAUGUCUGGCGUUGAGCUUCAUGUUGAAUAUUUCAGGGGUUUCAUCCGGUUUCAUCCGAGAUCAUAUUAUUCAUCUAUUUCAUGACGAAAGAAUUGCAGCAUAAUGUGAAUUUGUGAUGAAUCGAAAUUUACGUGAUGCGUCUGCUCGUUGGCUGCUUGAAUGAUCUUCAAGGAGAAAUUCCAGUUUGUUAAUAUGAAAGAAAAAACACCCUUCUUUGAUACCCUGAAUGAACUAACUCAUUAAUAAGUAGAAUGGGACAGUCAAAUUUAAUCCAUUUUGAUUUCAGUCAUUCUUGCGUUUAUUGUUUACAAAAAUUUUCUAUUUUUCUAAAGACCUAAACGUAAUGCAUUUUAAUUCUCUCAAUAGAACAUGCCGAUAGCACGUCAAGAUUUUCAAUUAAAAGCCUCCAACUUAAGUCCGGCUAAAUUAACAUUUUGAAGUAGUGCUAGCUUUGCUCUUGGGGAAAAAACACGUUUGGCUUUUAACUGGUUAGGGGAAACUAUUGCUUCAUUGUUUUUCUAACUUAGUUUUAGACGAAAAAAUCACAAAUUAGCAUCAUCUCAGUAUGUUUUAGAUUUAAUAUGGGUUGGAACUGCUUUAAAAAUAAGAAUUAAAUUAAAAUUGUAUUAAACCACGCCACAGGGGAAAGUUGCUCUUUUGGCCACUCUAGUAUUUCUGGUGCCUAUGAGAAAUUAGCCUAGUUCUAUAUUUUGAUAAAAGCAAUAAAAACUAGCUGAUUUAUUAAUCAGUUUCUAAACCAGUUUCAUCAAAUAAAGGUAAUUUUCAAUUUGAAGUGUCAUAUUCCUAUAAUUCUGCAUUACUUCCACAUCGCCCAGCCAGCAAGCCUCAAAUUAAUGGCCGGGUCGGCUCAUUUGUCUUUGCAAUUUGGCACAACUCUUAUGGUCGAAGUAAUUUCGCAAACAUUGUCCAGAGAUUCUCGCACCUUCGUCGUGUUUGCUGCGCCACCUAUGAAAGGUAUGCUACGUCAAAAUUGGUGUCGAUGUUUAUUUUUUGGGCGAAACUUCCCGAAAAUCAGUGACUUCUUUGCAUUUUCUGCCAUUGAAUUUGUGGAAAUUUAAAUUAAAGCUAACAAUUAAUUUUUUAAAAAAAUUGUUCAAAAAUUUACAAACGAUUUUUCUAUCCAAUUUCCAAUUAAGCCCACCUAAGCUAAAGAAGUCUUUAGAGCCCCGGUUUGAAUAGCAUUAUUAGAAUAUGUUAAUUACAUUUAAACCAGAAUUGAACUCGUCCUGUAUUCUUGAAAUAACGACUUGGCUUUAACUCGCUUGAAAUUGAAAACAAAUGUGGAAAUUCGCGAUGAAAAAGCUAAAGUUAAGAAGAACGGAAUUGAAGGCGUUUUGAAAGGUGAAGUUGGUGAUUGGAAAACUCAUUUUUUGACAGGUGAAAGGUUGAAGCAAUUUGGUAUAAUUAUUGAACAAUAAUCGUGUACAUCUUUAAGAAAAAUCAUCGAAACAGACCAAAUGUUCUGGUAAUGUGAAUUUGAAUAGUUUUUGGCCCUUUCAAAGCGUGUCACCCACCAUGUUUGAAUUUUUUAAAUCCUGGAUGUGACUAAACAUAACAAAAAUGUUUCUAAAAGGUAAAUAUUUUGUUAUUUUUAUGCAUUUAUAUUUAUCAUGUGAUUGAAAACCCAGUUUUACUAUCGACACCCUUUGUCGGGGUGAGUUGUCUAGUACUGUGAUGUUAAUUAAUGGGGCAAAGUAAAUGUAGUAGGGAAAGACAGUCCCGAACUGGACGCAAUCUGUUUGGGCACUUGAAAAACAAGUCUGGAAAAAUGGAAUUGACUUGAUCGAAGCCAAAUAAGAAUCGUGAAACACGUUUUAUUUGACAGAGAUUCUACUUAUUGAUCAGAUGACGUAAGCAGCAAGAAGUCACCAACUAAUAUGAAAAGAUGACGAUUUUUUUUGGGGAGGGGGGGGGGAGGAGGAUUUUCGAGAAGGAUAGUUUUGAGCCGAGUAUAACGCUGGUUUUAAUCCCAUAUUUUGUCUUUCCACCUUUCCAAUUCAAUGAAGCCCACACCACUCCUUUGAAAUGCUGCUGGCUUUGAACGCCGUGCGUGCUGAUGUCCUACAGAGAAGCAAUCAAGACCCUCUUUCAUCUUUCAGUCUAUUAUAGUGAAGUAGGCCAUUCUUUGGGACCGGAUUUUUUUAAUGGAAAUUUUGAUCUACUUGCAAUGCGCUGGCGGAAAGUUUUCAGGCCUUCGUGUAGAGCGCGAAGAAAGUUCUGAAGGCGGACUAUCUACAUUCUACAGUACGUCACGGCGUCUACGUAGAAAUCAAUAAAAUGGAAUCAACUUUUGGAGAUGGGUGGGGUAUGAAAGGAAUUCGAGAAUGCGGUUGAAAUUGAUUUUUAAUCGGAAAAUACGCAUCCAGGUGAUCGAUGUAUGUAGUAAAUGCUUCAAUGCGCGAGAAUUUCGCUUCUCUUUGCGCACUCAUAUUGAUUUGUGCACUCACCUACGUAAAAGACCAAAAGAAAACUGUGUGCGAAUAUGCAUCAAAGUAGGAGAAGUCAAAUGAAUAUGACUUGGAGGAGCGACACGGCAGAUUUCAUUUCGAUGCUAUUGUUAAUCAAACUUAUGGAAAUUAAUUUCGGGUCACAUUCAACCAACGUGUUUCUUUCUCUUUUUGAACUGUCGUUUCCAUUACUCAUGGUCAACGUUCCAAGGUCUAGGAUUUAACGGAUAACAACCAUACUUUUGUCUCCGUGCCAAAAUAGAUAUUGCUUUCGACCUAAAUCGAAGUCACAAGAAGCAGCGAAAUUAUUCAUUGCAACUACAGUGGAUUCACUGAAGCAGAAAAUCCGCCAGUCCAUUAGAACAAUGGAAACUGGUUUUUCGAACCGACGGCACUCUUCAUUAUUUGUUGAGAUUCCGCUGGAGGAAAAAAUGAACAAAGUGAAUGGAUUCGUCUUUCCGUUGGCGUGAAAUGCGGGUUGCAUUGUCUGGAAAGGCUGACUCUGCUCCUGAGCGUUCCCAUUCAUCUCUCCUGGCAUCUAGACUAAAUAGAAAAAAUCCUUCCGCACCAUACGGACGUAUAGACCUGUGUUGGAGGUCGAGGCGCCUGUUACUCUCCGUCAACUCAACCCAAAAGGACUAAGGGAAAAUGCAAUAGAAGGAAGACAAUGACGAAAGAACAAAGGAGCUUAAAUAACGGCUCCACGGUUGUAGCAAAUGCCGAGAAAAAAAACAAAAAAAAACAAAGAAGAAUCGAUUGGGC